GUUCUUUUUCUAAACCUAAACCCCGAACUCUUUUUCCUUUUCUCUUCUCUGCAACAAAAAAGGAGAAAGAAGCGGCAAAACGAUGUCGAUAUCAAUUUCAAGUGCUCCGGAAGACAUCUCUCAAGAGAUCUUAUUGAGGUUACCAGUGAAAUCUCUUCUGAGAUCCAAAUCCAUCAGUAAGUAUUUCAAUUUCUUAAUCCGCAGCUCUAAUUUCAUCAAGAAACACCUUAAUCAUAGCAUCCAAAAAAACAAUGUCACAUUUAUUUUCCCAAACUAUGAUCUCAGGGAAACUCAAUUCAUUUCAUUAAACCCUUUAUUAGAUUCUCCAUCUGCUAAACCUGAUGGGUUUGUGACAAAUUCUAGACAUUUCUCAUUCAUAAAAUCGGGUUGGAAAAUUGAUUAUUUCUGUGGUUCAUCUAAUGGCUUGUUAUGCGUAUGCUGUAUUAAUACUCGUGUCAGUGAAGAUUUAGAUGAGGUAGGUUGUUGCCUUAGUGAUGAUGAUGAUAUCAAAGAGGAACAGAUUUUUGUUUUGAAUCCGUCGACUAGGGAGUUUAAGAAAAUACUGGUUCCGCGAAGAGUGUGUAAUAGAGGGAUAAUGCUAAGAAGUUUAUUUUGGUUUGAUUAUGAUUGUAAGAUUGAUGAUUAUAAGGUUGUUAGAGUUGUGGAUUUUGGUGGAAGUGGGAAGGAGAGUUUUGAGGUUGAGGUCUAUACGUUGGGGUCGGAUUCGUGGAAAAGAAUUGGAAAUGUAUCUUACAAAUUUGAGAAGCAUCAUGGGGUGCUGGUUAGUGGUGCUCUGCAUUGGUUUGCUGUUUCCUCCGUGCAACAAUUGAAAGUACUGGUCUCUCUUGAUAUUGUUAAUGAGAGGUUUGUAGAGGUCUUACUGCCGAAAGAGCGUUUGACAUACCCAGAAGAACCUUUGGAGGAUGUUAAGUAUGUGAAAAAUGUGGGGGAGCUGGGAGGGCGUCUUUGUUUGCUUUUUCAUGUGUUUGGUGUUCGGGUUGAUUUGUGGGUGAUGCAAGAAUAUGGAGUAAGAGAUUCCUGGACUAAAAGCUUCACGAUAAUCGACGAGAGUAUUACCAAAACAUGCUCUUUGAGUCUGAAAUGGAAUUUUGUGGAUAAUAGGAUUUUGUUGCAGGCUGAUGACAAGUUAAUCUUAUAUGACCCAAAGAGCGAAAGAUGCAGAAAACUGACAGACUGCGAAUCUAAUAAGGAUGCAGUUAACUAUGUGACCAGCCUUGUCUCACUUAACUCUGGUAGAUAUUUUAAGCAAAGGAAGACCAAGAAGAGGAAGCGAUGGACCAUGGAGAACCUUACAAGUGAUGAAAUUAUGGAGUUAAUGAUCGACCGAGAUGCUCUUCGUGAUGAUUAUUACUGACGGAAGAUUCUGAUUGUGGAGGUAAUGGGAUCAUUGGCACAGGACCACCUACAGCCCAGGUCUUGCUUUUAUGGAUUUUGGUGUCUUCCCAUCCUUGUCAUUCUGGACAACACAGGUGUCCAGAGGAAAGGUGUUCUGAAUAUUGAUACCAACUACGGGACCAUGAAGCUCCUAGAAACGUUUCUGAAUUUUGUUGAUAGGUAAAAAAUCUUAUUUUAUACAGGAUGCAGCAUAUGGUUAUUUCCUUUACUAGAAUUGCGAGGUUCUUUUUCAAGUAAACGAUGUUAUUUUCUUUCUGAAGAAUGUUAUGUUCUUUUCUA